AUGAUCCCCCCUGCGUCUUCUUGUGCCAAGUUUGGAUCCCCCACACCCCCGCCGCCAGUUUUCCGAUCAACCGAAGACCUGCAGAAACUAAUUUCACCUAAAUUUUUGUCUACUCAUGCUCGAUUGAGACCCGUUCCGACAAAUGAGUGGUGGGGUAACUUGCUGGCGUGGGAUGGACAGCGGGAUAGCGAUCCCGUAUUUUCUGGUCCUUAUACUUACAAGGUAGUACCUAGCCAACCCGGUACGAUUGGCAGCGGCUUGUCUGUAAGCUAUUUGGUACAGUACCGAAUGGACGGCCCUUUGAACGACAAUGGAGCUCCUCGCUUCUACUGCCACCAAGCAACAAUCAAAAAUUGGAUUUUCUCCUCUGUCGAAUUGGCAAGACAAUCAUCGGCGAUCCCACCACUGAGCAUCGAGGCUUGGGAUGAUAUGGGCGUCCACUUGUCUAUGAGUGGAAUGAAAAUGUAUUUGUCCUUGGGCUCAGCCUACACGACGGUCGAGUAUCGAGAUGUACAGGUGCAACUCGGUACUGAGCAUUGCAUUGUCGCUAUUAAUGGAGCUCCAGUGCGAGAAAAUUCUGAAGUGAAUGGCGUCAGCUUUGUCAUUUCGCUUAACAAUGGCCAAUUGUGGGUACUCUACUUUUUUGCUGACGCUAGCAAAAACACAUCUUUGGUUUUCAAAAGCAACAAGCUUACGACAGCUUGUAAAUUUACGGGCGUUGUUCAAGCUGCAUUUGUGUCAACGAGUGCUGUUCCGUCAUCGAUACCUCAAAACGACCACAAAAUCUUACAGGUUUAUCACGCUAGUGCUGGAAUUUAUCCUAGGGGAGCAUUUGUUGAGACACUUUCUUCAGAGUCAUUUUCUUUUCGCUGGCAACUUGUGCAAGCUUCAGGAAGCAAUCCAGGAGCACAAUUCCUACAUUUUGCACUCACUCACUUGCACGCAAUGCUAGACAAAACGACAGUUGAACUCAAACCCGAGCUCGUGUUGCAUUCCCACACGCAUGGGCCAUUGUUUGCCUACAUGUUGAUAACUUCAACAAACUCAAACUCAAUGUGGAUUUGCCAUGUGUCUCAAGCUGAAAGUCAAGCAGUUGAAACGUGCACUUCCUUCUACCCGCCUCGUGCUGGCUGCCUUACGCGCGAUAUGGUCGACAGACUAAAGUUGUGUCGUAUUGUCACCGAUGAAAUCUAUGAAGACUGGUGCCUUCCUAAUGAAGGGAGCUAUUAUUUUAAGGGUAAAGCUUUACAAAAGUUUGGGACCAUGUGUCUUGUGGCUAGGCAAUUAGCCGACACUACCAAUCCGGAAAUGCAACACGUGGCGCAGCACGGCAUUUCAAAGCUGGUGCAAUUGAUGUCGCAAUUUGCAAACAAUCAAUCAGCCUUCCCUUUAGUCUACGACACGGUAUACAAGGGAAUAAUUUCAAGCGAAGCCUUGGCCAGGAAUGACAUCAACGUUGAUUUUGGGAAUGGUGUCUACAAUGAUCACCACUACCACUAUGGCUAUAUUGUGACCGCAGCUGCUAUGACGCUAUACUUGGACCCACAUUGGCGUCACUCAGCCGAUGCCGCCAAGCUCCGAAGUAUUGUUGAUACCCUUAUACGAGACGUAGCUACAUCGUCGCCUGGUGAUAGUGACCCUUACUUUCCACGUUUUCGAUAUUUUAAUUGGUGGCUAGGCCAUUCGUAUUCUCACGGUGUCACUCCAAUGGCUGAUGGUAAGGAUGAAGAGUCGACGUCUGAAGAGGUCAACUUUUUAUAUGGUUUUGCUUUAUACGGCCAAGUCACGGAGGAUCAGGAGCAGCAGCGGCUGGCGAAGUUAAUGCUUAAGGUUUACGUGCACGCCGUCAAUACCUACUUCUUGCUGCGAAACGAUGGUCCUGUGAUUCAUCCCGCCGGCUUUGCCCGAAACAAGGUUACAGGUGUCUUUUUUGACAACAAGUGCGACUACACGACGUGGUUUAGUCCUAACAAGGAGUGUAUACAUGGCAUUCAAAUGAUACCCGUCUCCCCGAUCCUUGAAGUUUCCAGGGCUCCUCAAUUUGUUCGUGAGGAAUGGGAUGAGGUGUUGCACAAAUUGCCCAUAGUGCACGACUGGAAGGCCAAUCAAAGUAGCUGGACGUCGUUGUUAUUUACCAACUACAGCGUUUUAGAUCGUGAAAAGGCGUUUAAAGUGCUAAAAAAGUGCCCCAUGGACGACGGACUUAGUCGUGCCUGGGCGCUUUAUUAUGCCGCAACUCGACCGCCCCCUUUUUGCUAG